AUGAGUGGAAAAGAAUUGGACACUCCUACAAUUGAGAAGAAAAACGUUGAUGAGAUCCAAAUGAAUGGUGAGAAAGAAGAAGACAAGCAAAAGGAGGAGAUUCCGAAGAAAGAGCCAUUGGUGGCUAAUUCGGAUGCCCUUGAACAAAUUCCAAACUACGCUAAGUUUAUGAAGGAGGAAAUGUUUAUGAAGCGUAAGUUAGAGGAUUAUGAAAUAGUAAAGCUAACAGGAGAGUGUAGUUCCAUUAUCAAGAGAAAAUUACCAGAAAAUUUUAAAGAUCCGGGAAGUUUUAUAAUUGCAUGUGUUAUUGGUGACCUACAUAUUGAGAAAGCCUUGUGUGAUUUGGGAACUAGUAUCAAUCUAAUGCCUCUCUCUAUCUUUCAGAAACUCAAUCUUGGAGAGGUCACACCAACUACUAUUUCCUUACAAUUGGUGGAUCGUUCUUUGAUGUAUCCUAGAGCAACUAGGAAAGCUUUGAUUGAUGUUCAUGAUGAUAACUUGACUCUAAGGGUUAAUGGCGAAGAAUUGAAGUUCAACAUUAGUAAUGAUAUGAAGUUUCCCAAGGAGCAAGCAUAUUGUAAGAAAGUGGAUGUAGUUACUCCAUGCUUAAGAGACUUUUUUAAGACUAUUUUUCAUAAUGAUCCUUUGGAACUAUGUUUGACAACGCCGAUUUCUAAAAAGGACCUUAGGGUGGAUUUGGGCAUGAAUAAUGUGGAGGAGGUUGAUAGUGUCUUUGCUUUAGCAGCAUUACUAGUAGAAAAUGAGCAAUUACCCACUCAUCUCCGGUAUGCAUUUUUGGAAGAUGGAUCUACCAAACCCAUAAUAAUUUUGGCAUCAUUGAAUGAGGAAGACGAAAGGAAGUUGUUAGAAACUUUAAAGAGGUAUUCAUCUGCCUUUGCUUUGUCAAUUUCAGAUAUUAAAGGCAUUAGUCCAGCAAUUUUUAUGGACAAGAUUCUUAUGGAGGACUCUUAUAAGCCUUCUAUUGAACAUCAAUGA